AGCUGCAGUCAGUUCCCGCCUCGCGCUGUCAGGUUUGGACAGGUAGCUCAGAGCCACGCCCAGCACGUCACGCAGGUAAAGGUGAAGCCGGAAGUGGAUCUGCUGCAGCUCUGAAACACACAGACCCGAAUGACCGAACAUGCAGCUCUGAACCAGAACCAGAACCAGCAGAGUGUGCAGAUCAGCGCUCAGCAGAAGAUCUGAGGAAGAUGAAGAUGAUAAAGGUGAUGAAGAUAAAGAUGGGUUGUUUGAUCCCAGCUAUGCUCCUCGCGCUGCUCCUCACAGCCUCAGAGUGUCUCCAGAUCAGCGUCCAGCUUGAUAAAGACUCUACAGUAACGCUGUCCACCUUGCUGAGCCAGGAUCAGUGCAGCAUCUGUGUGAUUAAUGAUCAGACUGGUCCAGACUGCUCUACCUCCCAGAUCAUCAGCCCCAGUGAGACCAUUAACUCCACCCUGCUGCUGAACUGCUCCCAGCCCUACACCUCCGUCUCCGUCCUGAUCCGGAGCAGAAUCGUGUGCAGUAAGAGCUCCUGUUCUCCGGGGGUCGGUGGGGUUCUGGACCCGUUCCUCUUGGGGUUCAGCAGGACGCUGGUGUGGGAUCUGAGGGCUCCGGUGGACGCGGCGCUGGUGGUGGAGUUCCCCGGCGGGGGGCUGCAGAAGGUGGGGGACGGGGGACGCUGUGAGGAUGGGUACCAGUACUCUGUGGACACCAGCGGGUCGGGGGACGGGACCCAGCUCCAGAGGUUCUGCAGGAACGGUUCUGUAGAUCAUCUAGAACUCCGGAACCAGGCCAACGUCACCAUUACCGUCUCACCACAGGAGCAGCUCAACCCCCCCCUGUUCACAGUCACACCAACCACCCUGCAGAAGAAGGGUCGUACCAUGGCGGUGGUUCCUGAUCCGAACACCAGCGUCACCAUAAAGAAAAGCCCUCAGGGUCCGGACUGCACCGUCUGUGUGGGCGAGGGAACGUCUCGGACCUGCGGCUCCACCCAAACCCUCAGUGAUGCUCAGACCACUGUGGAGUUCAGCUGCUCCAGACCUCAGGACGCUUUCACCGUGGAGAUCAUCAGAGACCUCGAUUGUACAAAGAGCUGCAGUUACGACUCCAUCCACUCGGACGCUUCCUUCUUCCCGGACUUCAGUAAGACGUUUAUCUGGGAUCUGAAAGUUUCUUCUGUAAAGUCUUUUCAGCUGGAUUUUCCAGAACCAGGAAUGAGGCAGAUUCCCUCAGGAGACCUGUGUCCUGAUAAACACACCUACAGCGUGGUGAUGUACCAGCGGGGGACGGUGGGCGUGGGCACCUUCUGCAGGAACGGCACCGUCACCCGCAUGCAGAUUCCCUAUAAGGGACGAGUUACUCUGGCGGUUCCUAAAGACACGCCCCUGAUCCAAUCUGACUUUAUUUACUCAGAGACAACCGGUUCCGUAUGGCCCGUGGUGGUCGCUACGCUUCCUCGAGGACAGUCCAGUACAGAGUUCUACAGCGCCAGCGGGAUCCCCAGUGAUUACGGGAUGAGCUGGAGCUUCGUGGUUCCGCCGCUGCACAACUUCAGCGUAGAGUUUGUGGAUCCUCAGAAGCCGGAGUGUCAGAGUAAAGAGGUUAAAGUAACGUACCUGCAGGACAGGAAGCCCCCCCUCGACAAAACCCUGACCGACGCCCAGCCGAGCAACUACCAGGGGAACUUCAACCUGUCCCUCACCAACUGUGACCUGAAGAAGAACAGCGCCUCCAGCCUCCUCCUCAAAUACAGAGUAUCCGUGUUCCGGAGCGGCGUUCCCUACCACUGCACUGUAGAUCUCUCUGCAGAUGCAGGUCUGAGUGUUGAGGUUGGGAGCAGGACUCCGGGCUCGUUCUGUGAGCUCAGUCUGAACUCUGUGGUUCAGGAGAAGAUCACGGUUCCGUCCGGAUCCAGAGCCGAGCUCUCCUUCCUCGACUGUCCGAGUACCGAUCUCCUCCUCACCGUCACCAAGACCCUCGAGUGUAAGAGUUUAUCCUCGUGUUUGAGGAGUGGGAAUCUCCUCACCGUCCCGGCGCUGGACCCCUGCCUCCCCGUCCCCCUGCAGCAGGUCCGGUGGGACGUCCAGGUUCCUCAUCAGGGUUCUGUGGAGCUGAGUUCUCCUCAGGGGACUCUGCUCCAGUCUGUUCUGGGUCAGGACUGCACUGGUUCUGUCUCUCUGCUGGUCUCUCAGAGCGACGGGUCCGGUCUCGGGCGGUUCUGUCCUCUCGGGGGACAGGGCGCCAUCCAGAAGGUUCAGGUCCGCUCCAGCAUCUCCAUCACCACCACGACCGAUCCAACAACCAGAGAUCUCAGCAAGUACCUGAGAGAACCUCUGCUCAACGUCUCCUUCAUCCCAGAGAUCACAGAUGAAGUGAUCUACACUACAUCUCCACUCGUUUCCUCCCCCAUCGUUCUCGCCACGCCCAACUGGCCGGCGGGGAUGAAGCCGGACUCCACCGUGUCGUGGCUCAUCAGCGUUCCUGAGGAACACAGCGCCGAGCUGCUCUUCAUCAACAUCUCCCAGCCCAGCUGCCGGCAGAGCCACGCCACCGUCACCAUCCAGGAGCUGGACUCCACCCGCAAGUGGAGCUUCAGAGAGGACGAGAAGAUGGAGAAAUACGACGCUCAGAGCAGCUUCUACCUCAACAUGUCCAACUGUGAACCAGAGCAGGGAAACUUCGCUUUCCUCACCAAGAUCUCCCUGCAGAAGAAGUCCCGGAAGCUGCUGAGCAUCAUUCUGGCUGUAGUUGGCGCUCUGCUGGCAGUGAUGAUGAUUAUUCUUGCAGUAGUGUGUGUGGUGGUGAGGAAGAAGAAGCGACAGGUGAACAGGUCGUCUAUCUACAUUCCUAAAGGUGCGGUCUCUUUACCUGGCGACGCCACCUUCUCCACCUCCUUCCCCAAAUCCCGAGUGGAUAACGAGUCCCACGUUUACGACUCCAUCGACGACACCAUGAUCUACGGUCACCUGCUAGCGGCCGACGGACAGACGGACCGGGGACCCGGACAUUAUAACGGACACCAGGUGGGCACCUACCACACCUUCACCGGUCCAGCGGACUCUGCGGUAGCCGAGCCCGGGUCCGAGCCAGACGGGGGGCCGGGGCACGAGAAGGACUCCUACCGUCCGUUCCUGGCGCCGUCCGAUACCUUCAUCCCGUCCAGACCCCGCACCCCGCUGGGCCCGCUGGACAGCAUGGGCUACGAGGACCGGCGGAUGGUGGAUAACGAGCUCUACACCUUUAAAAACCCGGCCGACCCAAACACUAUCCGCCUGUCCGCCGCAGAACCCAUACGCCUACCAGAACCCGACACCGGGUCCUGGACUGGAUCUGACGACGAGCCUGAUCCCGAGACUCACUACGACAUGGCCAUGUAGGACCGGAUAGAAUACACACACAUAUAAACGGUGGAGUUCUGAUCUGGGAUGGGUUGGAUUGCACCUUUAGAAAAAUGUAAAUUUUAUAGAUCUGACUUUUAAGACGUUUUUAAACUAAAGCAGAUCCUCAUCUCUACAGGUUCUGUUUGGUUUUAUUUCUGUUUGAUGGGUCCAGAUUUUAGGCUGCGUUCACACAGAGCUGGUAAAAUAGAACCCAAAUCUGAUUUAUUUGUUCAGGUGUGAUACAGGUGAACGAUAAAAAACAGUGAAUAUGAUGUUUUCAGUUCUGAUUUGGGACACUUUGGUCAGUGUAACUUGAGUGAACAUUUCAAAGUAGAAAAUUUUAUGUAAAAAUGUGAGUUUUUAAUCUAUUUUCUCAUUUCUAGUUUUUAAAUUUCUGCCUCGGUAUAAUCCAACCUACUUUUGUUACAAUAGGCAAAAAAUUCUGACUGUGAUGCGCAAAAAUGAAAAACUAGAAAUUGAAAGAUGAAUUUCAAAAACCCAUUUAUUCUUCACUAUACUAAACGAAAAUAAAAUAAAAAUUCUACACCCAAAUAUUUAUUACACGUUGUUACACUGACCCAUUCUAAUACGUGGUGUUAAAAUCUGAUUUAUAUACAUCACAACAUCACUCUGAACAGUCUUUAAACAGCUUUAACAGAAUUCAUGCAAAUUUUUUUUUUAAAGAAGAAUAAAAAGACGAGUAGCAUCACAGUGCUAACGCUCGGAGGAAAGCGCAGCGACUCGGUUUUGAUACAUCAGCUCACAGACGCAGCCUUGUGCUGAUCCACAUCACCCUAGGAGUGAUGAGGGGAAAGAGAGAGCGCCAUCUACUGUACUGUACCCACCCAGAGAGAGUAAGACCAACUGUGCUCUCUCAGGGCUCUGGCAGCUGAUGACAAAGUCUGAAGUGGGCGUGGCUGAAUAACCUGCUGUUUUUAAGGUACAGUGUUGAGCUGGAACUGAGUGAUAGCUCCUGUGAUGCUGAAGAAGAUGAAACUGAAACUUCAUGUGAAGCUCUGCUGCUCUUCAGAGAAUGAGUUUCGUCAGUUUAGGAUCGUGAAUUUGAUUAAACUAAUGUCUGAUGCAGAUUAUAUUAAACAGAUUACGUUAUAAACAGUCUAAAAUAAACAUCAGAUUUUGGUCAUUUUUAUCUGCUGUGUGAACAAAGCGUUUAUCUCCUGACUUGAACGUUUUAUAGACUCUUAAUGUGUUUGUAUAUAAAUUUCACACAACGUAAGGAGAACAUUUGGAGAACUUUGUUAGGUGUUAACUUUGCUUUCCAAAAGUCUCACAGUGAUCUGAUCAUCAUGUUGGUAAAUGUUUUUUAUAUUUGUAAAUAAUAAUAAUAAUUAUGACAGAAAAUUCCAGCUGGAGCUUUUGCUGAUAACUGGGUUCAGAUCGAUGGUCGAGGUGGUUUAAACUGGUCAUUCAGGUGAAUAUAUUGUAUACUGUUAAACUAGCUGGUUAUAGGAUGGUUGAGCAGGUGGUUAAACUGGUUAAACUGGUAAACUGAAUAGUUUAGUAUUAGACCAGCUAAACCAAUCAGCUCCACUCAGGAGAAAAGCUCUAUAGAGUCGAGCUGCUCGGCUUUAUUAAACCAGUAUAAUGAACUUCUGAAUAUUGUGUUUCUCAGAGGUAUAAAUAUUUGAUUUACUAUAUUUUUGACUUUUUAUUUUAUUUAUCGUUUGAAAUUCCUCAUGUAUAUUUUCCCUUCCUUUUUACGUAAUAAAUGUUUAGAUAUUUAA